ACGUAGAUCAGCCGCUUACGUAUGACGCAAAACGUCAGCGACGCUCAGUUUGGAAGUUUGGCGCGGGGGAAAGCUCUGUCGGUUGAAUCUGGACGGAUAAAACUCGGUCAUUUUGAGUCGAGCUCGCGGUGUAAGGUUAAACAUGUUAGACGGCGCCCACUUUGUGGAGGCCCUAGGCCGUCUGGGUUAUCCUGGUGCGGCUUCACUAAAGCCCUCGGAGUUUGAUUGGCUGUUUGACUGCGCCCCGGAGAACCUCCACUUCUUGCGCUUCGUCUGCCGCACCCUCGACCAAGGCAACGUUCUCACCGCGGAGGAGGCGGUCGCGUUCAAGGAGCUGCAGAAGUCUGGCAAGCAUGUUCUGGAUGAAGCAUCCCUGGCUGAGGUUCUGAAAACCGUGGGACCUUCCGACGGGGGCAGCACAAACGCCUUGGGUCCUCUUUCUUCGGCCUCCGUGUUUGAGGCGGAGGGGGGUUUGGCCGUAGAGGACUUGGAGGCAGAACUGCAGGCGCUGUGCAAAGAGAAGGAGCUGAAGCAGCGGCGCUACAACAGGCUGCAGGUAGCGGCCACGUCCCACGCCGACGUCGACCUGCAGCUCGGCGCCGAGCUGGACCACGCCGCGUGCAAGCUCAAGGAAGCCAACAUGUCGAUCGCAGCAGAGAAUGCCGACACGAACGCGGCGUUACAAAGCCUGACGGAUGAGGUCAGCCGGCUCGGAUCAUACCUCCAGCAGCCAGAAGCUGGGCAAAAAGCAGAUCAGUUCAAGCCCUCCGUUUCCAAAAAGCCCGGAGUCCUCCUCUCUCAGCUGUCUCUGGAUCCGUACCUGCAUCAGGAGGAGCUCAACACAAAGACACUCGCUGCCUUCACUCGGAGGCAUUUCUUUCACGGCAUUUCAGACGUUGUCGAGACCUCUUGCUCCGAACGCCUCCAGGUCCUUGACCUCAGCUCUUAUGAAGAUGGGGAGGCGGGGGGCGGCGACUGUGGAGGUGGCACGGGUGGGGAUCGCACGGUUGAGCGCAGGAGGAUGGAAAUGGCCCGACUUCAGUGGUCACAUAUUGUGGCCCAGCACCAACUGAUGCAGGCGAUGGCAGAGGAGAAGGCUGUUAAGGCAGGAUUAGACUGGCUCUCAGAAAAGGCUUGCCAUACCAAGAGCAUUUCCACAUCCUCCUCACUUCACGUGCGCGACGUUGUUACUAGGAAAGAGCUGCAGGUCGUGGAGGCUGAGCUGGAAGCUCUGCUCAACGGACCGGUACCCGCUGCUCUCAGGGAGUCGGCCAGGCUGCUCAAUGUUCCUGUAGUGAGGGGAGACCUGGCUCUGCAACUUGCCAGACAAAACUACUACACUUCUAGGCAGGACCAGGUGCGUGACUACUUACUUCGUCAGAAAGCGACCUUUGACCUGCUCCUCCUGGCUCACGAGCUGGAGAUGAAACGGUGGAAGGGCUGUCAGAAUCAGCUGAUGGAAAUUCAUAGGAGGCUGUCGGAGGAAGACAAGGCAGCAUUUCUGAGAAUGGAGUCUCUGGCACACCCAGACCUGGCCGUCAACCCGAGGCCCAACCCCAUCAUCAGCUCCACGGAUGCUACAUUCAACAGAGUUCUCCAGAUCCUUGACCGUGACUCGGACGCGGGUCGAUCAGAACCUUUUCGAACGUAUGAAACUUUGGAUCAAGCGGCUCGUAGCCUGAGGAGCAAUAUCCAGCUGGCCCGUGACUCUGUAGACGGCGCCUGCCGUGAGCAGCUCUACGCGUCCGCUCGUCUGCACGGCGACUGCGACGUGCUCCGCAGGACCAUGUACACUGAGCUCCAGCAGUUAGUCUUAGGGCCGCAGGUACGUCCGAUGGCCAUUACUGACCAGGACCUCCUUUGUCCCAAUGCACAGGUGGGUUCAUUUGUUUUCACUCUCUUAGCUAACCAUGCUUUACAGUCAACUCUUAACGAGCUGACCCUGAAACUGGCAGAAGCUGAGUCUCAGUUGCAGAAUCUCCAGCGAGUGAUGCAGGAAAUCCUGGGAGAAGUCAAAGCCAAGCGCUCUCAGCUGGAACGCAGUCCCCUGCUCAGGCGGGAGAGGGAAUUGUACAUCUUCUUCCACUUGGAUGCUCGGCUUCUGCAGAAAGUAGUGGAGGAUCUGGAGAGCAGGAUGACUAACAGAGGGGAGCAGUGAAGCCACCAGGAGCUCUUCCAGCCACCUCUGCUCCUCUUCCGUCCCCGUGAUGAUAACGAGGACACUUAUUAUUAUUCUUAAAGACAGAUCCUGUAUUGGUAACACCGUUUGAACCGCUCUUUGCUUCGUUUGUGAAGAUGACGAAUAAAAAGGAAAUUGUAAAAGCAAA